AUCUCCACAUAAGGACAUCACAUCAAUUUUACAUUUUUUUGCUUGUUUUUUUAGCAAUGUUGGACAAAAAAAUUGCUAUUGUAGGAGCUGGACCUGGAGGUCUUACCCUUGGACUGAUCUUACAAAAGAGAAAUAUCCCCUUUGUUAUUUUUGAAAGUGAUGAAUCUCCAGAGAUAAGAGAUCAAGGAGGAUCAUUAGAUCUUCACCCUUCUACUGGACAAGCCGCAAUCAAGGAAUGUGGUUUAUACGAUGAGUUUACUGCGAUAUCCCGACCAGAAGGUGAUUAUUCGAGGGUGGUAUUACCAGAUGGGACUGUGUUACGAGACGAAAACUUAAAAAAAAAGGAUGAAAACGUUAACGAACUGGUCAAUUCUGGCGAUAGACCAGAAAUCGACAGAAAAGAUCUUAGAGAUCUUCUUUUGAAAUCUAUUGAUAAAAGUAACAUUAUUUGGGGUAAAAGGGUAAGUGAGAUUAGAGAUGAUUCAUCCAAUAAGCAAAAAACGAUACACUUUGUAGAUGGAGAAUCUUUGCAGUUUGAUUUGGUUGUAGGAGCAGAUGGGGCUUGGUCUAAGGUAAGGAGACUAAUCUCCGAUGUAAUUCCUCAUUACUCGUCCAUUACUUUGGUUGAACUUUGGGCUUUUAACGUUAGUAAAGACAAUCCAGAACUUUCGGAUUAUACAGGAGCCGGUACUUGCUUCAUGAUUGAUGAAAAUAAAUCUGUGAUCUCACAGAGGUGUAGUAAUGACAGUAUUAGAAUAUAUGUUAGUUUGAGAGUUGAUGAGAAUUGGCAGCAUGAUAGUGGCAUAAAUUGGGAUACGCCCGAGGCUGCCAGGCAACAAUUGGUUGAUGGUUACUUCAAUGAAUGUGCACAUGAAAUUAAAGAUGCAAUUAUUAGUGCUAAAGAUAAUCUUGUGAUUCGGCCACUUUAUAUGCUUCCAAUCGGAUAUAAGUGGGUACACCAGGUGGGGGUAACAUUGCUCGGAGAUUCGGCUCAUCUAAUGACCCCUUUUGCUGGUGAAGGUGUCAAUACCGCCAUGUUUGAUGCCCUUGAAUUAGCAAAUGCAAUCACGAGUGGCUUAGAUCUUGACACAUCUUUAAGAAAUUACGAAAAAAAAUUGUUUAAGAGAGCAAAAUAUUAUGCCAAGGAUACAUGGCGAAAUGUACAAGUUUGCUUUUCUAAAAAUGGAGGAGAGAAAUUAAAUGAUAUGUUUUCUGGGAAAUUAUCAGCAAUGAUUCCUAUGUUAUUACUAUAUGUGUACGAUACAGUAACAUCAAUAUUCGAGUAAAAAAAAAAAACUAUAUACAAAAUAUUACAUAGAU